AUGUCCUACACAAAGGAGCAGGAAGCUGUUGUUUUGCGAGUUCUUUCGUACAAGGGUCACCAAUAUUACGAAAUAUUGGAAGUUACCAAGACAUCUUCUGAAUCAGAGAUUAAAAAAUCGUACAGGAAACUCGCUAUCAAAUGCCAUCCUGAUAAAAAUCCACAUCCAAGAUCGUCGGAAGCAUUCAAAGUUGUAAACAAGUCAUGGGAAGUUUUAAGUGAUCCACAAAUGAGACGUAUAUAUGAUCAAACGGGGACAGACCCCACAUCUAGAAUUUCAAACGCAAGUGCUGCUGCUAGCCAAGGAUUUGGUUCGUUUACAGGAACGCGAGGCUUUGCUAGUGGAGCACACAACCCCUUUGAGGAUGAUUUAUUCAAUAUGUUUUUCGGCAAUGGUGGAAGUCCCUUUGCAUCUGGUCCUACAUUCACUUUUGGAGGCAACGGCUUCACUUUCCAGUCAUUUGGCGGUGGACAGGACCCUUUUAUGAGGCACAGAAGAACUACUAGGAGAACACACAGACCAGCAUCUAAUUCUAGAACUCAAAAUGGAGAACGGCCACAAGAACCACAAUCGCUUUCAGAAGUUAUAAAGAAUUUGUUGCCACUUUUACUUUUAUUGAUAAUUCCCAUCCUAUCGGGAUUUUUUUCAAACGACCCAACAUCGGAAUACUCCUUCACUCCUACUAGAGAAUUUCAUCUCGAACGAAGGACUCCUAAAUAUCACAUUCCAUAUUUUGUUAAUGACAAGUUUGCCCAAAAGAAUGAAAACAAGUCAAAAAGAGAGCUUAGAAACUUUGGAUCGAAAGUUGAGAACAUAUUCAUUCAGGAUAAAAGAGCCAAAUGUUCGCGAGAACAAAUGCACAAGGACAACUUGAUCGAGGACGCAGUUGGUUGGUUCAGCACCGAUAUGCGCAAACUAGAACGUGCACAAAAUAUGCCUAUGCCAAAUUGUGAUAUAUUAAAGGGAUUGAAUCUUUUAUAG